UUCUUUAUUAAUUUCAAUAUUUGCAUCAGAAUAUCAGAUAAUCAUUUCUUUUAUUUGGCCUUUGCAUCAGGGAAUGAUGGAAAAGCAUUAAAAUGGGGAAGAAAAAGAAUUAAUCAAACCUCCAGCUAAUAGUUUCCUUUCUUUACUAUUAUUUGUAGGCGCUGACAAGAACUCUGGGGCAGACUUAAACUCGUUCAUCUAUGGAAAGGAAGAAACAGCAUACCCAGCUCGGGGUGUUGGCAGAUGGACCAUCAUGUCCAAUAUGUGCAACAUGCCUUACGUCUGUGGGUAACCCUAUUACCAUUUCUGGUUCCUUCUCAUUAUCCUCUGCAGCAUAUCGAGGAAUUUAGGUUCUUUUAUUAGUUUCUAAUGUCUUCCAUCACACCUCCUUACUAGGAAAACUGAGAAUCAUAUCAUACCGAACAUUUGUUGGAAGUAUCUUAAACCUUUCAAAAGACCCUUCAUCUUGUUGUUGAUGUCUUCCUAAUUCAAAGAGUGGCUGGUGCUUGUUGCUGCUACAGUGACAAGCUAGUACAAUAGUAAAAGCAAGCUUAUUGUUGCAUCCAUUUUGAGCAUUUAUCAUAAAAAUUUCUUCCUGAAGAAGAAAUUAUGAUCCACAUAUACAUACCCGUUUAGAAAGUAAAACGAAAGAACUCGACUUUUCUUGUCUACUAGCUUGCAAUAGUGUCAUUUCCAACAAACACCACCCAAGAAAACGCUUUUCCCAGUAAGAAACAUAUUCUGGAAAUUCAGAAGCAUGUGGGGCAAAGGUUUUUGCACUCUCGAUUCUUGAUUCAUGUGUUGGUCUCAAUCAAGAAAGGAAGAGGGAGAUGGGAAAUGGAAAAUCUCAAAUUUGGAAAUUUCAGGGAAGCAGCAUUUUUGUUUGAAGAGUUGUUGGUUUGGAUUUGUGGGGAAAUGGAAGCCAGUGGCUGACCGAAUUUUCAGGUUGUUGCUUUUAAUCAUCUUUUAGUGAAAGAGCGGGGAAAGCGGUUAGAGAAGUGGUGGGCUACAUUUUUUUUUUUUUUUGGGUCUUCUAUUUCUUGAUAAUAUUCACUAGAGUUCUUCCAUAGUUGAUUGGAUUAAAUUGAUUUGAGUAUGGAUGCCCAAUUUUAGGUUUUUUUUUUAACAAAAUAGGAUUUUAGUUGAUGGAUGGUUUAAAGCCAUUAGCUUCAAACAAAUGUACUCAAGUUUUUGUAAUGCUUUCUAGACUAAUUUCAUAACAAAAAAGUGAAAAUUAA